AGCGAGCUGGGGUCCAGUCCGGGGCCCGCCGCCUUUCACAACCCGGCCGCAGGGAGCAGCAUGAAGUGUCUGGUUACGGGCAGCAACGUGAAGGUGCUCGGCAAGGCCGUCCACUCCCUGUCCCGUAUCGGGGACGAACUCUACUUGGAGCCCCUGGAAGACGGGGUGAGGAGCCACGGUAUUGGGGGGGUGAGAUUCCCACAGGGAGCCCUAACCUGGGCUCGAGUCUCGCCCCCAUCAGAUAGGAUGCCGGUGGGCAGAUUUGUCUGCUGAGUUACAGUUUCCUCCCCUGUUGCUGGGACGUCACCUUGAGCCCUGUCAUCUUCCCAGACCAGUGUGUGAAUUGAGAGCCUUUGCCCUCCCUGAAGUGCCCGGGGGCGGGUGGGGUCGGCGCUGAAAGCUGUGUAGGGCCCUUGCUGCGGGAGCGGUGCUGAGGGGCACUCCGGGAAGGCUUCAUGGAGAAGAUACCCGCUGAUUGGAAGGAGAGGGAGGGAUUCAGCAGACGAUGGUGGAAGUGGAGGACAUUAGGGCAAGUGUGUGAGCAAAAGCCGGCCAGAGGGCUGGGCCUGACAUUGCAGGUGACUGCAUCCUUCUCCCUGCUUUUCCUGGCCCAGCUCUCCCUCCGGACCGUGAACUCCUCCCGCUCGGCCUAUGCCUGCUUCCUCUUUGCCCCGCUCUUCUUCCAGCAGUACCAGGCGGCCACCCCUGGUCAGGACCCGCUGCGCUGUAAGAUCCUGAUGAAGUCGUUCCUGUCAGUCUUCCGCUCGCUGGCGAUGCUGGAGAAGACCGUGGAGAAAUGCUGCAUCUCCCUGAAUGGCAGGAGCAGCCGCCUGGUAGUUCAGCUGUACUGCAAAUACGGGGUGAGGAAGACUCACAACCUGUCCUUCCAGGACUGCGAGUCCCUGCAGGCUGUCUUCGACCCAGCCGUGUGCCCCCAUGUGCUCUGUGCCCCAGCAAGGGUCCUGGGGGAGGCUGUUCUGCCCUUCCCCCCUGCGCUGGCUGAAGUGACGCUGGGGAUUGGCCGUGGCCACAGGAUCAUCCUGCGUAGCUACCAGGAGGAGGCAGGUGAGGGAGCCAGACAUGGCCUGGGGCAGGGGGCAGAGAUGGGCUGGGAUGCGGCAGGGCGCAGGUUUCCUCCUGUUGCUGUCUCCACAGACAGCACCGUCAAAGCCAUGGUGACCGAGAUGAGCAUCGGGGGGGAGGAUUUCCAGCAGCUGCAGGCCCAGGAAGGGGUGGCCAUCACUUUCUGCCUCAAGGAAUUCCGGGGGCUCCUGAGCUUUGCCGAGUCAGCGAACUUGUCUCUCAGCAUUUACUUCGAUGGCCCUGGCAGGCCAGCCAUCUUUGCCAUCAAGGACUCUCUGCUAGACGGCCACUUUGUCCUGGCCACGCUCUCAGAGCCGGACCCGCACCCCCAGGACCUGCGUGCCCCGGAGCUCCAGCAGCCAGCGCCUCAGCUUCAGGCUCCCAGCACGCCCCACCUGGACGACUUUGCCCUUGAUGACAUUGACUCAUACAUGAUCGCCAUGGAAACCACCGUGGGCAGUGAGGGCUCACGGACACUGCCCUCCACCUCCCUUUCACCUGGCUUCCAGCCCCACUGUAGCCCUGGCUCCCACUCAGAGGAGGAAGAUGACACCGAGCCCAGCACAGUGCCUGGGACUCCCCCACCCAAGAAGUUCCGCUCGCUGUUCUUUGGCUCCAUCCUGGCCCCUGCACACUCUCCCCAGGGGCCCAGCCCCGUGCUGGCUGAAGACAGUGAGGGGGAAGGCUGAGCCGAGAGGUCCUUGGAGGACUGGACCAGAGGAAGCCCCAGCCUCCCCAUCUCCCAGCGCCAACCAGGGGCGGGGCCAGCUCUCCUCCAGGGUGGGUGGUAGAGGUGGGCUGUGCUGGAGCUCAGCUGGCUGGUCCUGCCGCCUCCCCCAGGCCCUGCUCGGCUAUCUGUGACUGGCCUGGGUCCUGUCGUCUCCCUUCGGCCCCCAGUCGAUCAUGUUCCCAGUCUUGGUGCCGAGCUGCCACCUGCUGGGAGGCCCCUCACCUCUUUAUCCAACCAUGUGGCAGGGUUGGGGGCCUGCGUUCUCUAAGCCCACCUCCCUAAGAGAAAAACCUCGGUGGGGCUGCUGGCCCCUGCUGAUCCACCUUCUCUGCCAACCAGGACCUGUCCCUCUCUCAGAUCCUGGGUACACCUCGGGGAUCCCCUGUGCCCGGCACACACUGUUUUGCUUGCUUUUCCAAAACUCUCUGGCCCUGACUUGGAAAUUCCAAAGGCCCCUGUGACCUGAGCGUGUGGCUGGUGUUUCCCUUGCUCGGGCUCCAUGCCCAGCAAGCCUCCCAAGUGGCCCUAGGCAGAAGAGGUCACCAGGCGUGGCAUUUGGGACAAGGGAGACAGACGCCGUGGCGAGAAUCCAGCUUUGACCUUUAUUCGAGAGACCAGAUGGGUCGCCCCAGGAUCCAGCUGUCAGCCCUGAGGCCAAGCAAGGCUGGGGACCCACAAUCUGGCCCUGCUCUGCCCUGAGCUGCAGCCUCAGCCCCAGGAUCCUGCCUGCAGCCACUGCAGGUGCAGGUGGAAGGAGCCCUGGGGGUUUGGACGCUGCUAUUGAUUCAUAAAAAAAAGAAAAA